GCGAAAUCCGCCGAGCUGUGUACACGACUGUACCGUUAGUCAAUUUACGUAGUAACUUUUGUGUGUGGUCAUACUUUCGUGUUGUGAUUGAAAUUUUAUGCAGAUCAUAGAUAAUGUCAAGCCCCAAGCUCUUGUCCGUGUGUCUGUUCCUGUCGGUGGUAGCAAUGAGCUCCAGUAUAAGAUGUUGGCAAUGUGGCCAGUACAGUGACGGUGUCGGCUCCAUCACGCCCUGCAAUAACCGCACCGCGGCCAAACUAGAGGAGUGCCCUAAAAACGCUAAAUAUUGCAUUAAAUACGUGAGUGAAUUGACAGUUGUUCGAGACUGCGUACCCACAUGCAGCGAAAAAGAAUGGUGGGGAGCGCGCACAUUUUGCUGCAACACAGACGAAUGCAACGCCGCGUUCACACGGAGCCCAGCCGUGGUCCUCAUUGCGACGCUAGCCUUCCUCGCGCGCUGACCGCUCGUGUAGACCAGCCUUUAGUUCUGCAGAUUAUAAGAAGUGAAGUUAGUGAGAAUAUCAAGGUUUUCAAGAUUUAGUGAAGAUUUUAGUAAAAAAUAUAUUUCAUUAAAAUGAAAAAAAUAUUGAAAUUCAAAACUAUGGAAAACAAUUCCUUCGACAGUAAAUUACAUUUAAUUUUAACAUUAUAUAAAUAACGUAUAUUUUUUUUCAAUGUAACAUUAAAAUAAUAUUCAACGUAGGUAUUGGUAAUUGGUUACUUAUAUUAAUAAUAUUUUUUCUCAAAAUGGUUUAAACUAAAAUCGUAAUAUAACCUUUAAACAGCCAUUUGUUAACAUUUAAGUAAAGACACACUACGAGUGUAAUCGAAAUGAGGUACUUUUAAAAAAAGGUAAAUAGUCAGUAGUUUUUACCGUGUUUACCUAUUAUUUAAUUUAUUGUUUUAUUAUUCAUAUGUUAUAUAUCUUAUAAUAUAUUAUUACGACUGACGACCUCGGUGGCGCAUUGGUAAAAUGCUUGCCUCUGAACCGAGAGAUCCCGAGUUCGUUCCCCGGUCGGAUCAUGAUGGAAAAUGAUAUUUUUCUGAUUGGCCCGUUUCUUGGAUGUUUAUCUAUAUAUGUAUUUGUUAUAAAAUAUAGUAUCGUUGAGUUAGUAUCCCAUGACACAAGUCUAGAACUUACUUUGGGGCUAGCUCAAUCUGUGUGAUUUGUCCUAAUAUAUUUUUGUUUAUUUAUUUAUUUAUUAUUGUAGUUUCAUAUAACUUCUUACAUUAGGGGCAUUUCCUUUAACUAAUUUAUUAUUUUUGUGAUCUCAACGUUUGAUGCACUGAACUUUGCUUCCAGAUUAUAGAAGUACAUAAAAGCAAUUUGAAUACUAAUAAUGUUAUUAAAGGAAAUGCUAUGAAUUAUUCCGUACUUAUAUGGUUAAAAAAAUAAUUACGUAAAUUUACAAAGCUAAUGUCAAAAAAUGUAAAAAAUAUGUCAAAUGGAAAUUCCUAAUUUGAAUUGUUUUUAACUAAUUUUAAACAGUCGCGAUUUAUCAUUAAUUACUAUUAUUAUUAUUAAUAUUAAUAAUAGUAAUUAAUAAUAAAUCGCGACGGUUUAAAAUAUUAAUUUUAUUAUUAUUAGUAUUAAACGCGCACGUACCUUUUAUAGUUCGGUAGUUUCGGAUCGUCUCCAAUACAAAAAGACAAGAAGGAUUUCUACAACAAAAAAAAUAUUCAACAUUGGUGCGUUUGACAACCCCGAGUGUUGCAGAGGUCCAUGGGUUACGGUGACCACUUACCAUCAGGCACUGCAUGCCUGUUUGCUUUUAAUUAUAAAUUAUUUAAGUUAAUAUUUUACCCUUCGAUCUUGGAGAUAAUAAAAACAAUUGAUCAUCAUCAUGAUAUCGAGUGUGUUAUCGCUAACACUGCUGUCAGAUUUUAUUCAAGUCGCCUAAAGGCAUCUGACAUGACUUUUACCGCCAUCUAACAUCAUUGAACAACAUUAGGAUCACAAUGGAGUAAAUAAUCAUAAUUGUUUACCAAAUUUUAGUAUUCAAACUGCAACUUAUCUAGAUAUAGAAUAUUUACAUGUAAAUAAAAAUCACAAUAUUACGCUUUAUUAUCACGGUCAAAUUCUUUUAGUGUAGUCUUAAGAUUUAUAGAUAUAUAGUUAAAAUCAUUUCUUACGUAAAUCAUAGAUUAUUAUACCUUUUCUAUCAACUUUACUUUGUUGCUUAAUUUAAAUUUUUUUGACGGUAAAUUAGAAAUUGACACUAAUAAUUAAUAAAAUAUUAAAUGUUAAUAAAAUAAAUUUGGCUCAUUUUGUUCAAGUUUUGCCAGGAGUCUGCGUUUUAAUAGCUUAAAAAUUCUUUAAAAACUCAAUGCUUGCCUAUUAAUUAAUUGUGGACAAAUCAUAAAUUACUUAAUACAUUUGUUAUUCUUAAUUUUUCCACAAAUAAGUAUAUAAAAAACAGAAGAAUGUCUUACAAUAAAAAAAAUAUUUAGCCUUAAAAAGUUCGCAACUGUCAACUGUCAUCAAAUUUAAAAAGCAAAUGUUCUGACGCACACAGCGCGGUUGAAAUUUGGAAUUAAAAUUGUUUUGUGGUUUAAAAGUUAAUUGUUGUGGAGUAAUUUUUAGGACCGGACUCGACCGAAGCUAUGACAUGGGGAUCUAAGUUUUGAGCAACUAAAAUUAUUAUUAUUUAAUUUGUGAAUUAUAUUGUUUGUUCAAAAUCGAGUCAGAGCCUCAGGGUCAUAUUAUUUAAUUAAUUUUUAAAUGUUAUUUGUAUUGAGUAGGUCCUUUUCAUUAUUCAAAAUACUUUUUUAUAUCAUUCCCAUCAAUUAGUAGUAAGCAAUUAUAUAUAAGCAUAGAUAUAGUUUCAGAAAAAUAUGUUAUGUUUAAAUGGUUUUGUUACACGUGUCACACAUGCUUUUCAACUAAAAACAGAGAUAUAAAAAUUCUGGAAUCCAGCGGGAAUCGAACUCACGCCCCUACCUAACCUAACACAUUAUUCUUAAAAUAUGUUAUAUGGAGAAGAUAUUAAAAACAUCAAGGUUUAUAUACAAAAAUGAGGAAUGUUACAGGUAAAGUUAGCUAUGAUAUAUAACUAAAAAUAAGUUCCUCAUAAAAGCCUCUUGAGAAAAAUUACCUUGUAAACCACUGAGCAGUGGAUUAUGUUUAUCUUCUAAGACAGCAAUUCUGUUGAAUUAUUUCCGUAUCUUACGCGUUUAAGAUUUGUAAGUACUUUUUCUUUGCCGGGAAAUAUAAAAUAAUGGAUUCUUUGUGGUUAGCACGAGUUUUUACUAUACUAUAAGGUGAGAUAUAUAUGUUUGUGUAUACUUUCAUCAUCAGCCUACCCUUAUCCCACUCUAUGUGUGGUCGGUACAGCAUGUCAGUCUCCUCCACUUCUCCCUGUCUGAUGUUAACCGAUCUGUUACUUCCUUUUUAGCCAUGUCCUGCCUAACGCACUCAAUCCACCUCUUCUUCGGCCUGCCCCCUACUUCGUAUACUCCUGGUGAUGCAGCUUAGUUUUGUUACGAAACAUUGUAUUGAACGAAAAAGAGGUAACGUUCACAUUUAAACGAAGUAACACUUUGGAUAUUUUUGUUCAUUUUGCACACUUCUGUGCAAUUUUGUAAGCUAAUUUGUGACAUAUACAUAAAUAUCAUAAUUAUAUUUUUCUGAAACAAUGAUUAAAGUACUACUAAAAGUUACGCUUUAUAAUUUUAUCACGUAUAAACAUUAAAAGCUGAAAUAUUCUAAAUUACAAUAAAUUUAUAUUAUAAUAAGUACAUAUAUUAUUGUAAUUAGACACAUAAGUAUAGAAAGCAAGGUAAUUAUUGAAAUACCCCGAAAACAUUAUCAUAAUUUAAAUUUGUAAUUUUUUUUUAAUUAAUAAAUUAAUUAUUUUGUUAAUCAUACCAUCUUGCCUUACCCUAUCUAACUUAGGCGGGCGCAAAAUGUCAAGUUUUUAUUUCACAAUUAAAUUGAUUUACCUCAAAAAUUCGGCUUGUUCUAUAUCCAUCCGGUAUUCCGUAUUGAUGUUUAUAUAAUUUUAAUAUGUUUGUAAUAACUGGAAAAGAUCCUUUCAUGGGAUAAGUCCGCCGUUGCCUUUAAGUUACUAUUAAAUAUCUGUAUGGUUUUGUUUUCGUAUUUUAUUAUGGGUAAUAAAGAAAACAAAUAAACUUUAUUAUACGAAUGUUUGACAUUUAAUAUGUUUGUUAUGUAUGUAGAUCGCCGUUUUUGACAAUUUUGAGUAUUUUUCAAAGAACACCGUCAGUUUUAUAGCAAAUUCAGCUAAUUUUGCUACAGAUUAUCUAUGUUAUCUAAAUGCAUAGUUACUGAAACGAUGUAAUAUUUAAAGUAUUGAAUUUGCAUCAAUCAUUUAAGACCAUAUGUGCAGUGUACAUUCCUAAGAAAAUAAGUUUCAGUAAAUUAAAUGGCUUAGUUUUCCUAAUAAAGUUUAAAAAAUUUUGUUCACAGUGAUUGGAGCGAUUUAAAAAUUAAGAGGUUCCAUUCAUUUAAUAUCUCCAUUUAUUCUUCAAAUAAAUAAAACGUAUUUUAGAAGUUCAAAAGCGAACCGAGCGACAUUUGAAAUGUAUGCGAAACUGCACAUAUCCCAUUACUUGGUGGAGUCAUAGGUGAGCGACGGACUGGUGCACGAAGCGAUGCGAUACUGUGUAUUUAUGAGUGACCACGGUGAAAAUGUAGACCAUAAAUAAAUACCAAUUUGAAUAAUUUUGUCACUAGUGUCCGAUCUGGAUAUACGAAAAACGCGUUUCGAGCUUAUUUGAAUCUUACACAGCAUAUGCGAUACGUCAGGUGUGUUCAAAUAAGUACGUUCAGUACCGCGUCGCACUUCUAUGUUGCAUUUGUCGCUCAUCUAGGACGCCGGGAUGACAAAUACAACGCAAGCAAUAUUUACGUUUCCAGCGCUGUUUUCAAUCUGUUCCUAGUUAAAUAAAGACCAAUUUAUCACG